AUGAAUUACGAGAGCUUCAAGCGUAAGCACACCAACUCCAACCCCAAGAAGGGUCCCAUCCACUUCAGAGCUCCCUCUAAGAUCUUGUGGAGGACCAUUCGCGGUAUGAUCCGUCAUAAGACCGCCCGUGGCCAGGCUGCUCUCGAUCGUCUGAAGGUUUUCGAUGGUAUGCCGCAUCCUUACGAUAAGGCCCCCAAGCAGGUCAUCCCUUGCGCCCUCAAGGCCUUAAGACUGAAGCCCACUCGUAAGUUCUGCUGCCUCGGUGACUUGAGUGAGAGGGUUGGCUGGAAGUGCAAGUCUCUUGUCGAGCGUCUCACUGAGCGUCGUAACCUCCACAAGGCCGAGUACUACACCAAGGUCACCAAGACCAUCCGCAAGGUCAGGUCUGAGGCCCAGAAGCAGGUUGCUGCUGACCCCAAGCUCAAGGCUGAACUUGCUACUGUUGCUCCCAUCAGCUUCUAA